AAUUCAUCGAUAGUCGAUAAACCAAAAUUCGCGUGUAGAUCGGAACAUUUUUCAUUUUGUCUCCUGUCGUUUUUUCAACCGAACACACUUCCCGGUAUAAAAUAUUUUAAAUAAACUAAUAUUACAUUCAUAAUAAUGUCUACGGGGAGGAAAAUUUGGACGGUAAUGACACGGACGGCGGUGUACGUGUUUAACAAAUAUCACUUCUCCGUCAAUACGUUCAGCGGAUCUGCAAUGAUGUGUAUUGGUGACGUCGCGCAACAGAGCGUAGAACGUUAUCACGGGUUGUCCGAGGGUUACGACUGGUCAAGAACCGCGCGAAUUGCUGUGAUAGGUAGCAUUCUGGGAUCGGUACAGCAUAUCUUUUAUCGAUCACUGGACAACCGAUAUCCAUCCAGGGACCUACUUACGAUAUCCAAAAAGUUAUUCAUCGAUCAAACGUUGUGCACACCACUUAUAAUCGCCUUGUUCAUCUAUGGGCUUGGUUUCCUGGAACACAAGACUUUGGACAAAAUCAAUGAAGAAUUUAAAGACAAAUGUGCAAUGAUAUUUUUGGUUGACUGUGCUGUUUUUGUUCCAACACAAUACAUUAAUUUCAAAUUUUUAGAUCCAAAAUAUAGACUUCUAUUUACAAACAUGGUUUCUAUUAUGUAUGAUACUUUUCUCUCUUAUAUUAAGUAUACACACGAUAUUCUCAAAUCAAUGGAAAGACAAAAUAACAAUAACAUUAAAAAUUGAAAAGUAUAGGAACAAUCUCAACAAAAAAUAAAACAUAUUUUCAGAAAUAUAUUUUUUAAACAUCAUGUUAUAAGUUGAGAUCAUGGACACCAGAAGCAACCAGUUGUCUAGCAAGCCAAUCAAGUCC